GAUAAAUUUCCACAUUAUGAACAAGAGCUUCGAGCAAUUUUAGGUAAUAUUUUUAUUAGACUCUCAUUAAUCAAUUAAUUAUCCAUUUUCUCUUCUGGAUUUAGUUGAUCAAAUGGAUGAUGCUGAUGUGUUAGAAUCAAUGUUAAAUGAUUUAUUUAAACAAUGUAAAAAUGAUAUUUUACGUAAAAUUGGCUAUGAUAUUCAAUUAAAAUAUGAACUAGCUAAAGUAUAUUGUAUAUUAUUUUCAGAUGCUGCUUUAGAAUUAGAAGAAUGGUUUGCAUGUAUUUUAAAUGAAUUAGAUAUCCUUGAACACCAACCACAAUUAAAUGGUCAUAUUGAUAAUAAACUAAAUGAUUUAACAAAAGAAAUAAAUGAACAUGGACAAUUUAUUGAUAAAUUAGCACGAAAUACUUUAAAAGUUUGGGGUUAUGAUUCCGAGGUAUUUACUGUUCGUAAUUAUUAUUUCUGGAUCCCCAUUGUCGGUCCCAUGAUUGGUGGUUUGAUAGGAGCAUGGAUCUAUUUUGGUUAUGGUCAACUAAUGAAAAUACAUCUUGAAGAAGAUAAUAAACAAAUAACUGAAAAUAGACAGAGAAUUGAUGAAGCUAAUAUGUCACAAUCAUAG